AUGGCUUUCAGCUAUUCAUCUUUUAUCAUCUGCAAGAAAGACUUGGGUCUCUCUGCUUUACCUUCAUUAUCAUUAUCAUCAUCAUUUAUAAUUGAUCAGAAAUGCAAGAAACCAAUAUCAAAGAAUAUUGUUUCACUUGUGUCAUCUCAGGAGAAGAAACGCAACCCUUCUGCAACUGGCUCAACCAAAACUCCAAUGACAGCGACAGAGAAGAUACUGGCCAGAGCUUCAGAAAAGUCCAAAGUGAGCCCUGGAGAAAAUGCAUGGAUUAACAUUGAUGUUUUGAUGACCAACGAUAUUGCUUGUCCUGGUGUGACUGGGAUCUUCAAGAAAGAGUUUGGCAACACUGCAAAGGUUUGGGACCGUGAGAAGUUUGUAGUUAUCCCUGAUCAUUACAUAUUCACAAGUGAUGAACGUGCGCACCGUAAUGUGGAUAUUUCAAGAGACUUCUGUAUGGAGCAUGAUAUUAAGUACUUUUAUGAUAUUCAAGAUCGCAGUAAUUUCAGGGCUAACCCUGAUUAUAAAGGUGUUUGCCACAUUGCUCUCGCACAGGAGGGUCAUUGCAGACCUGGAGAGGUGAUGUUUGGUACGGAUUCUCACACCACAUCAGCUGGAGCAUUUGGCCAGUUUGCUACUGGAAUUGGUAACACUGAUGCAGCUUUUAUAUUGGGGACAGGGAAGCUUUUAAUCAAGGUGCCUCCAACAUUGAGAUUUGUACUGGAUGGUGAAAUGCCCAAUUAUUUGCUUGCAAAGGAUCUAAUUUUGAAUAUUAUUGGUGAAAUAUCUUUGUCUGGUGCAACAUAUAAAGCGAUGGAGUUUGCUGGGACCACUAUUGAAAGUUUAUCCAUGGACGAAAGGAUGACAAUAUGCAACAUGGUUGUAGAAGCUGGAGGGAAAAAUGGUAUUGUUGCUGCUGAUAGAACCACAUACGAGUACCUUGAGGAUAAGACAUCUGCACCCUAUGAACCAGUUUUUAGUGAUGAGAAAGCAAGUUUUCUAGCCCAGUAUAGAUUUGAUGUAUCCGAAAUGGAACCAGUGGUGGCAAAGCCACAUUCCCCUGAUAAUCGUGCUUUGGCAAGAGAUUGCAACAAUGUGAAAAUUGACAGAGUAUACAUUGGAUCAUGCACUGGUGGAAAGACUGAAGAUUUUAUGGCUGCAGCAAAAGUUUUCUUAGCUGGCGGGGAAACUGUCAAAGUUCCUACUUUUCUUGUUCCUGCUACACAAAAGGUUUGGAUGGACUUAUACACGCUUGAGGUACCUGGCUCAGGUGGCAAGACUUGUUCGCAGAUAUUUGAAGAAGCUGGUUGCGAUCCACCUGCAAGUCCUAGCUGUGGUGCAUGUUUGGGUGGCCCAAAAGACACAUACGGACGCUUGAAUGAACCUCAGGUCUGUGUCUCAACAACAAAUCGAAAUUUCCCUGGCAGGAUGGGGCACAUGGAAGGCCAGAUAUAUCUUGCUUCCCCAUAUACUGCAGCAGCAUCUGCAUUAACUGGUUUCGUAACUGAUCCCAGGAAGUUCUUGUAG